GUUUCAGGGAACCUGGAUUUAUUCAUCAAAUAAGUUUUCAAGACACGAGUUCAUAAUGGGAGGAGUACGAGCUGUUGCUGCACUGGCGUUCGCCGGAGUUGUUGGCCUCACUUUCCUCGUUCUUGGAUGUGCCCUGCCUAGGUACGGAACAUGGACCCCAAUGUUUGUUAUCACAUUCUACGUUCUUUCGCCGGUACCACUUCUCAUCGCCAGACGCUUCCAAGAAGAUAUGACUGGAACAAAUGCAUGCAUUGAAUUAGCUCUCUUCAUCACCACUGGAAUUGUCAUCUCCGCCUUUGCUCUUCCGAUAGUGCUGGCACAUGCAGGAACGAUAGCAAACAGUGCAUGCUUCCUCGUCAAUACAGGAUCUGUGAUUAUGUUCGGUACAAUUAUUGCAUAUUUCUACUUGCAUCGUGAUGACGACAGUGGAAGCUGGAGCCAGUCUCUGUUCUAAAUCAUUCACUUCACUAUUAAUUUCUUGUCAAGUAAUUGUGAUAGCGAUGUCCGCGUGCUUCCUAAUCUUCAUCGCCAAUUCAAUCAACUUUAGCGUCAUCAUUUUUUACUUCCGCAUUUUCAACGGCGAGGAUAUGAAUGGGAUGUCAUUGUGGUAACAAUCGUCUGGUCAUCAUCUCCUAACUUAUUCUUUUUCGAUUUUCCCUAUAUUCUACUUCGUUACUCUCACUUUCCUCGGUGGAUUCUCAAACAUUGUAUAAAUAUAAAGAAUUGUUCUGUAAAUUUGGCAAAUAAAAGUUACCAAAAUAAAAACUGUAUUAGAC